UCAGUCGAUCUUCAUACCUUUUCAUAACCCUUUGACAGUUUUCAUAUCGUGGGUGAAUCUUGACUUAGGUAUUGAGACAUGCUUUUAUGAAAGAAUGAACUCUCAAGCAAAAGUGCUCCUUCAAAUGGUCUUUCCUGCUUACCUGUUUCUUCUGAUGUUCUUAAUAAUCAUUUUAAGCAAGUACUCUGACUCAUUUGCAAAGCUCCUUUCCAACAGGAACCCAGUUGCUGCCCUAGGCACACUCGUCCUACUCUCUUAUUCCAAACUCUUGCGGUUUAUCAUUGCUGCACUGCAAUACAGGGUCUUGGACUAUCCUGAGGGUGCAACCAAGGUAUUGGAUUUUCCCAACAAUUCAAAUGAUAUAGUUUGGUUGUAUGACGGCAAUGUGCAAUAUUUCACUCCUGGUCACGUCCCUCGGUUUGUUUUUGCCGCCAUAAUCCUCAUUUCUGGUAUAUUGUUCACUGUAGUGCUCUUCUUUGGACAAUGGUUUCCUCGCUGUUCAAAAUGGAAGCUCAUGAAAUGGACUAAGAACACAUACUACAAUGGCUUCAUGGAUGCAUACCAUGCUCCAUUCACUCCCAAGCAUCGCUACUGGGUGGGACUGCUCCUAUUUUCUUUGAUCGCUCAUAACCUAAUAACAGCCUUUUUGGCUUUGGACACUUCUCUCCCCGUACUAUCAGCUGGAUCUAUAACUGUUGGACUGAUUGUUUUCAAAUCGCAGAAUUAUCCAGUGUACAAAAUACGAUUCAAUGAUUUACUGGAAACACUCUUUUUCCUCAAUCUUGCAAUUCUAGCGUAUGGCACCCUCUACAUAGGAAAUAUCAAUGAGAGUCAAGUCAUAAUAUCCAACAUUUCAAUGGCAGUGGCUUUUAUUUUGUUUGUGGUGAUAGUCUGCUACCAUUGUUACGAGUACAUGUUGAAGAAAGUUCCUGUUCUGCAAAACUCACUCAAACUGAGAAAAAGGAUUCCACGAGUUCGCAAACUGGAAAGGUACGAAAUGGAGAACAAUGAAACCUGGACAAACGCGGGCAGAUGUGAUCGGUACACUGAUGGAGCCAUGGAAGAAGCUGACCCUGAUCGUUACAUCACUCCUCCCAUCAUCCGACCUGCCACGAGGCCAGACCAGCUGAGAGAGCCUGCCCUGGACGUGCUAGCCCCCCUCACCGCAGAGGACUACAGACCAGCCCCUCCCCCUCCUCAAGCUACAGCUGACAAUGCACCCAAAGUCACGCACACUGUCAUCGAUGUCGUGAAACAGUAAACAGUAUAAACAAAAAAUUACUGUUAUAGCUUGUUUUCAUUGUUUAUUGUGAGCCUGCAUGCAUGCACAAUUAUAUUCAUCGACUUGUUGUGGACUAUGUAGAUUCAGUUUGUAAUGACUUUCAAGUUUGCUAGUAGCUAGUUAAUCACUUCAUUAGUCAUUUUCUGUUAUCCUGUGUGUACUGUUUGCACAUGCAUGACAUGGGUUCCUGGCUGAUACUAUAUUACUUCUUUUAUAUAGUUCUCUUUAUUGCUUGUGCUCUAGUAUAGCAGCGCCCUCUGUGU